AUGGAAAUUUUGCAUCGGAUUCAAUGCAUGUAUUUUAAAAUGUUUAUUCUUCUGCGCGAAAAAAACACCUGCCCUCCGGGCGUUUCAUCUUGCUCGAUGGCGGUUUUCCGUAGCGGGCGCGAAGUACGAGUAAGGAAGUUCUGCACUAGUGCCGGUUCACCGCUCUACCGUUACCUCUUGUUAUUUCCUGGUGCAAGCUUUUGUCAAAAUUUGAAUAUCGUAAGUUUUACGGCACCGUCUCUACUUUGUGUAUGCACAUCACCACUAUGUAAUGCAGGACAUUUCUCCACGGUGGUGGAGAAUACAAUGCUAAACCAUCUGCCUAAACAAUUGCUUCCACCAAGAGAGGACAAGAAAAUAUCCCUUAAUUCCGUUCGUGAUCAUCCUGACUUUGGUUUGGCCGAACAGCUUGCUGAUGCCGGUUUUUAG